UAUCUUUCAGACAUACUCAGUAUUUAGCAGCAAAACAAAAUGAAGUUGUCAAUGUUUUAUUCUGUGUUUUUUAUAUUAAUCGGAUUAGUAAUAUCGGAAAGUCCAAGAUGUAUGCAGCCGAUUGAUCGUGGUUUUUGCUACGCAUCAAAACCAAGAUACGCGUACACACGCGAAGGUGGCUGCCAGCAGUUCUCAUACGGCGGCUGUGGUGGAAACGAAAACAAUUUCGAAACAUAUGAAGAUUGCUUUAAAACAUGUCUGAUUCCUCGAUAGACGAGAACAACUAACAAUAGUUAAAACUUCCUUUGAAAAUUUGGAAACAAACACUGAAGCGUU